AUGGACGUCCUGCCGUCUUACACUCCUGAAGUUCUACCUGGCUAUGACCUCACGCCUGCAACGACCUGUUCGGCUCCUUUGACGCAACCCAGCUCUCCCGUGCAUUUUCUGGCUCGAGCGCAGGACCACAAGAAUUAUUGCUAUUGCUCCAAACGUAUGGAGCUGGACCUUGGGCCACGGACAUGGGGAACCAGGCUGCCUGCGUAUGGGAAAUCAGGAACAGUAGAAGGAACGGUCAAGGUGCAUUCAUUUAGGCACGUUGACAGGAUUGUUGUUCGCCUUAUAGGUAAACUACAUGCUAGCCAUAUCCUGAACCACAUACCUACGCUAUCUCAGACACAUACUAUCAUUAGCAGAGAAAUUGAGGUGUGGUCAGCCAAAGCCCCAUUGUCGAGCACAUUGGCGGAAGAGUCGCAACUCCGGUUUUCAUUUACACUUGCUAAGGCAGAACAAGGUGGUUCGGAAGCUGACUCCAUUCCACCAUCGGCUACGGUUCAGCUGAAUCGAGCAAAUGGACGAAUUGCUUAUGCUAUCAGGGUGGAUAUGUACCGAAGGGGGUUGCAUCUGCAUGAAAUGAUACAAACGGAAAUUCUGCAUCUUCCGCGAACAACCGGUCAUUACUCUCGUCCUUUCAUUCCCGAGUUGGGUAAUGAAAAGCGACCUAGUAUAUCCGAAGAAGAAUGGGAUUGA